AUUGCUCAUCGCUAUUAUAAAAACGUGUUGACAACGCAAGCAAUGGAAGUAGAAGAGGUGCAGCAGGAGCCGCCACUUGCGAAUCCCAACGCAAAUAUCGUUACGGAACGUAAUGCGAACAUUAUAUCCGGCGGCAAUGUCUUCUAUAAUCCCGUGCAAGAGUUCAAUCGUGAUCUAAGCAUUGCCGCCCUCAACGUUUAUUUUCAGCGCUUGGUCAAAGAGCGCGCUGAGAAGGCGAAAAAGCAGCAGCAGCGCAAACAGAAGCAACAAGUGGACGACAAUGGGCAGCAGGAGACGCCUGUGACGCCUAGCUACACCGCAGGCACAAAGUAUGAGGAUGGUAUGCGUAUACUGGAGGCCUUGGCGGCCACUGGAUUACGUAGCAUUCGCUAUGCCCAGGAAAUUGCUGGAGUACGUCAAAUUGUGGCAAAUGAUUUGUCCAAACAGGCAGUGGAAUCCAUUAAGACCAAUGUAAAACACAACGGCGUGGAGCAUCUCAUAGAGACCAGCCAUGCAGAUGCCAUGACACUCAUGUAUUUGUCAACUGCUCCACAGCAACGUUUCGACGCCGUCGAUCUAGAUCCAUAUGGCUGUCCAAAUCGUUUUCUAGAUGGCGCUCUACAGUGCAUAGUAGAUGGCGGCCUGCUCUUGGUAACCGCCACGGACAUGGCUGUCCUUGCUGGCAAUGCACCCGAAUCCUGCUAUGUGAAAUAUGGGUCUGUGCCAUUGCGGAUGAAAUGCUGCCACGAGAUGGCUCUGCGCAUUCUGCUUCACUGCAUCGAAACGCAUGCAAAUCGACAUGGCAAAUACAUUGAACCUCUACUCAGCAUCUCCGCUGAUUUCUACGUACGGAUCUUUGUGCGAGUCUACUCCAGCCAGGCUCUGUGUAAGUAUAGCAUGAGCAAGCAAUCCUGGUUAUUCCAAUGCACCGGCUGUGAAACGUUCACGCUGCAGCCGUUGGGCACAGUGCGAAGUAAAUCCGCCGAGCAGCCGCAACUAGUUAAAUUUGGCAUUCCCACCGGACCUGCUGUAAAUAGUCAAUGCGAGCAUUGCAGCCAUCGGCAUCACCUGGGCGGUCCCAUCUGGUCGGCACCCAUACAUAAUAUGGAGUUCGUUGAAGAUCUGCUGCAGGCGGUGCAGACGACGCCUCUCUCUGAAUUGGGCACGCAGCGUCGCAUCGUGGGUGUCCUGUCCAUGGUCAAGGAGGAACUGCCAGAUGUACCACUUUACUACACGCCCGACAAGCUCUGCUGCGUGCUAAAGCUGGAGAUUGUGCCCAUGUUGAAGAUGCGCUCUGCCCUGCUGCAUGCCGGCUAUCGUGUCUCCUAUUCGCAUGCCAGCAAGAAUUCCUUAAAGACAGACGCACCUCCCUCGGUGCUGUGGGAUCUUUUACGCUGCUGGAGCAAGCGGCAUCCGGUGCGAGAGAAUCGCUUGAUACCAGGCACUGCCCUGCAAGCUAUACUCUCGCAGCCUUGUCUACGAGAUUAUGAAUUCGAUGAGCUGCAUCCUUUGGCGAAUCCCAGCAGUCGCAAGCAGGCGCUCUCGCGCUUCCAGGAGAAUCCGGCACCUCACUGGGGGCCAGGCACAAGAGCCACGAUCAUGAUUGGCGACAAUAAACUGCCCAAGAGUUAUCGCAACCAAAACAAAAAACAACGUCACAAAGCGAUCCAGCAGACGACGAAGAAUGAGGAGCAGGAAGAUGCGCACCCGCUACACGAGGAACAAGAAAAGGAGGAGGAACAGCCGUUUCACGACGAUGAGGAGCAACAGCCAGCAAAACAGUUGAAACUCUCGCCGACUGCAUAAGCCGCUUUAAUGAUUGGUUG